AUGAACCUUGUCGUCAUCCUGUUUCCUCAGAGCCUUGACAAUAACGACAGUCUUGAUAAUGAUUCAAACCUUCAACGACUUCAAAGUGAAAAAAAAAGGUUGCCGUUCAUUCGGACUCAUGAUAAAGACAAUUAUGUAAGUGCCCUUCAGUGCAAACACAAUUCAAUCACUCACUUUGGUAUGUGGACAGGAGGACUUGGAAUCAACCCCCAGCUCUCAACUGUUCCUCUGAGCCACAGACGCCCCCUAGAGAAAAAAGAUAACCUGAAUAAAUAUGUUCUAAAAUACACAAAAAGCUGUCAUGUCCCGUAG